UCAAGAUGGCGUCGCCCAGCUGCUUGUGGCUCCUGGCUGCUGUCCUCCUACCCGGGUCCUGCGCUGCCGCGGCGCUGGGGCAUCUCAGCUCUCCAGCUCCGCUGCCGCUGGUGAUCUGGCAUGGGAUGGGAGACAGCUGUUGUAAUCCCUUAAGCAUGGGUGCAAUUAAAAAAAUGGUUGAGAAGAAAAUACCUGGAAUUUAUGUCUUAUCUUUAGAGAUUGGGAAGACCCUGAUGGAGGAUGUGGAGAAUAGUUUCUUCUUGAAUGUCAAUUCCCAAGUCACGAAAGUGUGUCAGAUGCUUGCUGAGGACCCUAAAUUGCAGAAAGGCUACAAUGCUAUGGGAUUCUCCCAGGGAGGCCAAUUUCUGAGGGCAGUGGCUCAAAGAUGCCCAUCACCUCCCAUGAUCAAUCUGAUCACAUUUGGGGGACAACAUCAAGGUGUGUUUGGACUUCCUCGAUGCCCAGGAGAGAGCUCUCACAUCUGUGACUUGAUCAGAAAAACACUGAAUGCAGGGGCUUACACUAAAGCUGUUCAAGAACGCCUGGUGCAAGCGGAAUACUGGCACGACCCCAUAAAUGAGGAUAUGUACCGCAACCACAGCGUCUUCUUGGCAGAUAUUAAUCAGGAAAGAUGUGUCAAUGAGUCCUACAAGAAAAAUCUGAUGGCCUUGAAGAAGUUUGUGAUGGUGAAAUUCCUGAAUGAUUCCAUUGUGGACCCUGUGGAUUCUGAGUGGUUUGGAUUUUACAGAAGUGGUCAAGCCAAGGAGACCAUUCCCUUACAGGAGACCCCUCUAUACACACAGGACCGCCUGGGGCUAAAGGAAAUGGACAAGGCAGGACAGCUAGUGUUCCUGGGUGUAGAAGGUGACCAUCUUCAACUGUCUGAAGACUGGUUUUAUGCCCACAUCAUACCUUUCCUUCAAUGAAGCCCUGCUAGUUUGCACCAGAGCUCAGGGAGCUUAGUGCUUCCAAACCAUUUGGAGACAGUUCCCUUCAUACCUAAGCCUGAACUUAGAUCCUGCUUGCAACUAAUCCUCUCUAGUUAUUAUCUAACAUGCCCUGCUUGGAAAGAUCUAAGACACGAAUCUUAUCUUUUGCCUCAUCCUAUUAGCAUAUGGUUGAACCCAAGUUUAAUUAGCUAAUAACCAUGGAGGUUGUUUUACAACCCUUUGGUGUGAUCAAGAUGUCAUAGGUAAUGGAGUCUGCUCCGUAUCAGUGCCAGAAUUGUGCCCAGGCCCAGAAGAGACUGAACGAAUUCUAGCCAUGAGGCAGAUUCUGAGGCAAACACCUUUCUUGGGAAAGCCCAGCAUGCUUCAAAGCAAGAGGCUGGUCCCCAGGCCUGAUGCAAUUUACAUAAAUGCUGUUUUGCUGUUUUAACUAAUGCUUGGAAAAGUACUGUUAGGUCACAUUUCUUGAGGCUGCCCUCUUGAGUGGGUUACCUUCUGUGUUGUCUUAGCAAUUAGACUUACCCUGCUAGCCCACCAUCUUACCUCAGUGGCACAGCACUUAUAUUGUAAAUAUAAAUUUACAUAAAACUUUUUAUCUCCUUAGGUAGUGGCUUAGUUCUUUUGUCACAAAAGGUGUAAGUAGUACUGAAUUGGAUUGUGUGUGGGUGGGAAUGGGCAUCUUGCUUAAUUGGGGGUGGGGGUGGAGAGUGUGAGGGAAAUUGUACAAGUGGAAAUGAAAAAUGAGGCAGCUGGUUCCUUCCCUUCCAUCCUUGAUUAACCUGGCCUUUCAUAAUGACUAGUAGUCUGGAUUCUAGAAUUCCUCUAUUGCUGGGAAUACGAGAUAAGUGGGAAGGAAAAAUGUGAAGAGAUCUCUGGCUUUCUAACUUCACCCUCCAAAAUCAUAUUUACCAGCAUACUCCAAAUGGUUUCUAGUAUGAUCAGUGGAGAAAAGGAUUGUUUGCUCAAAAAGCUUGAGGACGACUGUAACCUGCUUUCUCAUCUUAGAGAUCAACCACAUUAGAUUAAGGACUUUGAGGAUUCCUAUACUAACCUAAUCUGCCAUUUCUAUCCUAUGUGAGCAUGAGCACCUCAGCCCGUGAAAACCCAACACUUUCUGGAAGACUGUUCUGCAGAAUGCCAGAAAUGACUAGUUUCUUUGGGGAAAUGACUAGUUAUGCUUUAUGGAAGCACCUUAUUAAUUUUGCAGUGUUUACCCUUCAGUUAUCCUUCUCCUCCCUCAUGCUUUAUUUUUCAACUAAAAGAUGAAGAAUAUGAGCUAGAAGUAGGGGAUGUGGAAAUAAUGAAUUGUCUGAAAUAAAGAGUAGUUUCUUAUCUUUGGUGUCAUU